GCUGAGCGGAGAUUGUAGGGGUAGGAAGUUAGGGUUAGAGGCAACCGGUGAGGCUAGAACCCUGAACGUGGUCGGUUGGCGCAAAUAUGUCUGUCCGGAGGCACAUUGGGAAUCCUGAGUAUCUGACCAAAAGAAUACCACAAAACCCAAAGUAUCAGCAUGUCAAGUCAAGACUGGACACUGGGUUUUUGUUGUAUUUAGCUGGAGGAGUAGAGAAAAAUACAUCCACCUCAUCUUCCUGGAACAGUAUGACUAAAUACAUUGAGAAGCUAGAAGAGAUCAAAAAAAAUUACAGAUACAAAAAAGAUGAGCUUUUCAAGAGACUAAAAGUUACCACCUUUGCCCAGCUGGUCAUCCAGGUUGCUUCCUUGUCAGAUCAAACACUGGAAGUGACAGCUGAGGAGAUUCAAAGACUAGAAGACAAUGAUUCUGCGACUUCAGACCCUGAUGCUGACGUCACUGCCAGCACCAAUGGGAAGGGGAGCCCCAGUGAGCAGUCGCCGAGCCCUGUCCAGUUCAUAAAUAGCGUGGGAGCAGGGGACUCCAGUCGCUCGACACUCCAGAGCGUCAUCAGUGGUGUUGGCGAACUGGAUCUAGACAAAGGGCUAGUGAAGAAAGCAGAGCCCAACAGCAAAGACAAGCCGUAUCCCGACUGCCCCUUCCUGCUGCUAGAUGUGCGCGAUAGAGACUCUUACCAGCAGGGCCACAUUGUUGGAGCUUACAGUUACCCAAUUGCAACUCUGUCUAGAACAAUGAACCCUUAUUCAAAUGAUAUUCUUGAAUAUAAAAAUGCUCACGGCAAGAUCAUCAUUCUGUAUGACGACGACGAGAGGCUGGCCAGCCAGGCGGCCACCACCAUGUGCGAGCGGGGAUUUGAAAACCUCUUCAUGCUUUCCGGAGGUCUCAAAGUCUUAGCUCAGAAAUUCCCAGAAGGACUGAUUACAGGUUCCCUGCCAGCAUCUUGCCAGCAAGCCCUUCCUCCUGGUUCUGCCCGGAAACGAUCCAGCCCCAAAGUGCCACCCCCACCGGCUGAGAAUAAGUGGAGAUUUACCCCAGAAGACCUAAAAAAGAUAGAAUAUUACCUGGAAGAGGAGCAGGGUCCGACAGACAAUCUCAGCCGGCUGAGCCACGCUAACGCCUCGGCAAGAGACUCCAAGGUCCCCGGCACCCGCGGCGGUCAGAACCUGUCCACCGGGGGCCCUGCCAGCCACGCGAGCCCCCGCUCCCAAGGCAGCGGCCACCUGCAAGGCAAACCCUGGAAGUAAAGACGUGGUCUGUCCCUCUCAAAUAAAUGUUUUCUCUCCUUGCGGA